AAUUCUUUCUUCUUCUUCAUAUACGCCUAGUUAUACCUUAUGUCCCAGCCUCCAACCCCAAUCACACAAACACUUCCACCCAUACCACCACCGCCACAACCACAACCACAACCACAACCCCAACCACAGCCACCCUCACUUCUCCCCACCAACCGCGAAUACCGCAAAGGCAACUGGACAAUCCAAGAAACCCUAACCCUGAUCACCGCCAAGAAACUGGACGACGAGCGCCGCUCCAGACCCUCCGCCCCUUCAACAUCAAAACCCGGUGAGCUCCGUUGGAAAUGGGUGGAAAACUACUGCUGGGCCCAUGGAUGCUUCCGCAGCCAGAACCAAUGCAAUGACAAGUGGGAUAAUCUCCUCCGCGACUAUAAGAAAGUCCGAGAGUAUCAGUCAAGAUCCAACGCUUCUGAUUCCUUCCCUUCCUACUGGACCAUGGAAAGGCAGCAGCGCAAGUUCUAUAAUCUUCCUUCCAAUAUGUCCCUCGAAGUUUUUGAAGCUCUUAAUGAAGUAGUUCAAAGAAGAUACCACAAUACACAACAAAACAUACCUGCUUCACAACAGCAACAGCAACAGCAACAGCAACAGCAAAUUUCAGCUGCUGUUUCUGCUUCUCCAACUCCGGUGACUAUUCGGGAGGCUCCGCCGGAGCUGGUGAUGGAUCUCCCGGAGGUUUCAGAAGGAUCAGAAUCAUCGGCGACAGAAUCAAGCGAUAAACUUGACACUGGCACAAAACGAAGGAAAGUUCGGAACAUAGGUGCAAGCAUCAAGCACAGCGCUUCUAUCUUAGCCCAAACAAUCAGAAACUGCGAAGAGAAUAAAGACAAGCGACAUCAAGAACUGAUGGAGUUCGAACAACGUAGGCUUCAGCUUGAAGAGACAAGAAAUGAAGUGAAUCGUGAAGGAAUGGCCAAUCUUGUUGUGGCUGUUACAAAGCUUUCUAGUGCUAUUCAGUCACUUGUAUCAGACCAAACAUGAGGGGAAAAAAAUCCAUAUUUAUUUAGUUAAGUUGAGAUUAUUUCUGAGACUCACCUGGCCAUUCUUUUGGAUAUAUUUAUAUUGAUUGGCAAACUUAUUUGUAGAUUUGUGAUUCUGAUUAUAUAUACAUUCAGUCAUUCAUGAA